CACACUCCAUGCUGUAGAUGUCGCCAGAAUCCAUAUAAUUUUACACCAGCUCCAUGCAUAAACCGUAGAAGAAAAUAACCAGGAAAUGCUACACUUUAGCAAGAGGAAUUAACACUGUUUUCCUGGCAGAAGUUGAUGGAGCUGCCAGCAACAAACAGAAGUAUAAACUACAGUCCCAGCAGAUGUGAAUCAGUCUUGGAUCUUCGCCCUUAUGUUAAAUUAGAAUGGAAAAGGUGAUCAACUGUUUCAAGAAAAAGCCAGAUGCUGUGGCCCGGCUGAUCUGCUUCCCCUGGGCAGGUGGAGGGUCCAUACACUAUGCACGCUGGGGAAACCUCCUAAACAGCUCCAUAGAAGUGUUUGCUGUCAAACUUCCGGGCAGAGAGAGUCGCGCCAAAGAGCCGUUCUUUCAGAACAUGCAGCAGAUUGUGAACGAGGUUAUUGGUGUGCUGUUACCGGUGCUGAAAGAGAAGCCGUUUGCUCUAUUUGGCCACAGUUUUGGUGCCUUCACGAGUUUCGCCGUGGCAGACGCUCUGAAGAGACUGCACAGCCUCGAACCAGUUCACAUCUUCCUGUCUGGUGCUUCUGCACCUUAUUCAGAGAUACGCAUCAAAGCCCCAAAGAGAAGCGACUUAUCUGAUGACGAGUUUCUCAAGUGGUUGAUUUCGAUUGGAGGAACUCCCCCUGAGCUGCUGGCAAACCCUGAAGUCCUGAAGCUCUUCCUUCCUGCCCUGAAGGCCGACCUGCACAUUGUGGAGAACUACAAGUGUAACAAGCCAGACAAUCCAUUCCUCUCCUGCCCAGUCACAUGUUUUGACGGAAAGGAGGACAUUUCUCAUGACUUACAAGCUUGGAAAGACAUCACAUCAGGAGAUUUCACCGUCAGGAUGCUUGACGGAUCUCAUUUUUACCUGAAGGAUUCUGGAAAUGAAAAGAUUCUAUUAGACUACGUCACGAAACACCUGGAAACAUCCGAAAUGGAUUAUUUAUAAUGAAAUAUGUACAGUACAAUCACUGUAUAUUGUAGCUAAUGACUUAAAUGUUUUUGUACUAAUUUAUUGUGAUGGAAAUUAAUUCUUUAUGCAUUUCAGAAGUGUAACAUAUUGUGUGACAAAUUUAAUUGAACAAGUGUCGAGUGGAUAUUAAAGAGUCAAUACAAUUUGAUUGGCCCCACAUCUAUCAAUAUUAGGGCUGCAACUAACAAUUAUUUUUAUUAUUGUUUAAUCUGAUGAUUAUUUUAAGAUUUUGAAUCAGUUAAUAGGUUAGUUUACUAAAUAGAAAAUAGUCAGAAGAUAGUGAAAAAUGGCCAUGACUGCUGAAGGUGACGUAUUUUUAUUUACCUUGCUUUUAUGUAUUAAGUACAUCACUCAUUAAUUAACAUCAGUUUUCAUCUGCAGUCCAGUUAAAUGUGCUUGUUUUGUCCAGACAAUACUCCAACCCCCAUAGCUGUUUAUUCUACGAUAAUGUAAAAACAGAAAAGCAGUAAAAAAACAGCGUUUGGCAUUUUUUUCUUGAUAAAUUAAUUAAUCAAUGAUUAAUCAAUUAUCAAAGUAGCUGUGGAUUAAUUUUCUCUAAUAAUUGAUGAAAUUACUAAUUAUUUCACUUAAUGCACGGUGUAACUGACUCCACAGAGACUUUUUUCUUCAUUUUUAUUUCUAAAUCCAUCUUUUAAAUGCAUACAGUUCAAAACCAUGCCCAGUCAGCCAAAGUGUUCUUUGUCGGAGGUACAUAAAAUAUAUGUAACUGUUCGCUUGUGCACAGGUUUGAGAUGAUGGAAAUGUCCACACAAUACCAAACUUAAUUUGUGAAUAAAUAUAUGUCUUUAUCAUA